AUGAGUUGUAUAUCUAUUGAAAUCGAUGAAAAUACCUCGCAAGCUGCUGAUCAGAUGGAUUUUGAGGCACGUGAUGAUGAGCAAGUCGGUGUUGAUGACCAGGUCUGCGAGGAUGACCAAAUUUGUGGGGAAGACCAAGUCUGUGAAGAUGGGCAAGUCGGUGUUGCUGCCAAGGAGCACGUUAUGAAUAAGACGUUGCUGCAAAUGGUCCUCUCCAAAAAACAAGUGCAUUUGGUUAGUGACUACGUGAGCCCUUCAAAUAUCCGAAUUACAAUAUUCCCUUUCCAGAGUUUGGCCAAACGUUGGGUGGAAUUUUAUUUGGAGAGCCCCACUGCAGCCUUGGUGUCUCUGUUGCAGUUUGUGGUGGAGGCCAGUGGAAGUCAGUACCGGAUUCCAGAGGAUACUUCAAUGCCAUUCGUGUACAGUGACAUCCUCACCCACAGCUCAUUAUAUUUUCCCAAUACCUGCAUAUAUCCACUGAUUAGGAAGCCCGCCGACGUCUUUGUGCACCAGGUGGACACCUUUUUGAAAGCUCUGCUGCUGGUCGCCAAUGAAAUUCCUGCAGACAAAUACAACAUAUUUCUGACCGAGAUGACGAGUUUCGUGUUGGCCUGCUCGGAGUCUAGUACUCGUACUUUUCGCCAUACCGGCACCAUGAUAGGCCUGAAGAUAAUGACCAUAUUGAGCGAUCUAAAAUCCUUAGACGAUGAAACGGUGAAGUCCUUGUGGAUGUGGAUGUUCAAAAGCAUGUUUGAAGUUCGUCGCCAGGACAUUGUGAACGAUAUACGGCUCCUCUGUCUUUCCGAACUUGGCCAGUGGUUCUCCAGAUACCCCCAUUGCUAUCUUCAGCCAUCCUGUCUCCGAAUUUUCUACGAAUCUUUGAAUGAUGCCUCGGGUGAAGUGAGGCAGUGCAGCUUGGACAAUAUUUCAAUUCUGGGCCGCAAGGAUGAGCUUCUGCCGCAGCGUGUGGCAUUGGCCACUGAAUUUCGGGAGAUCUUGCUUGAACUUUGCGUGGCCAAGGAGGAUGAGAUAUCUGAGAAAUCCUUGCGUCUCCUUACCGAUUUCUAUCAACUUGCCCCCGAAAUUCUGAGUGGUGGCGCUGGCCAGCUGCUGGAGCAACUAAUUAUGGCCGCAAAUCGUGGAUUGGCUCAGGCAGCCGCCGAUCUUUUCAUUCUGCGUAGAAACGGCUUGGAUGGAGAAUCCUUUUCCCAAAGAAUAAUUCAUCUGCUGCAGUUCUUCGUUGAUAGUGAACACGAACAGGCUGACUAUUUUGUGGAUUCCUUGUUCGACAACUGCGAAAUGAUUCUGGACUGGGAGCCCAUGAUAGCAGUGCUAAUGGAGAAUCCCAGAUGCCAUCAACAAAGCGAUAUUUAUUGCUCCUCAUUGAUUGCAAUCCUCUUAGCAGGAGUUAAGCAAGCCACCACUGGCGAGAUACCUCCGGGCAGAUAUACCAAGGAUCUGAAACGAGAGCCAAAGAAGGGCGCCCAAAAAAGGGCCACUAUGUUACUGGCACCCGUUCUGCCCGAACUCCUUCGAACGUACGCAAACCGUUUAGGAGAUAUAGAGCGACUCCUCGAACUUCCGAAAUACUUCUGCUUUGAUUACUAUCGUGCGGGGAAUAAGAUGGGACAGCUUUUGAGAUUGUUCGAUCAAUUUGACACCAUACUGUUCGAUCAGACAAGCAUCACUUUGCUGCAAACCGGAGCGGAAACUCUGGAGUUUAUGAACCGCAUGGUUCCAAACUCGCACACCAAGUCGUUCCUCAACAGCGCGAUAACCAACUACAAGAUGGCCUGGCAAAGGAUGCUCGUCCCAAACUCAGCGCAAUCUCCGCAAAAUUUGUCCACCCGACUGCUGGUCAGUCUGAGAUUGCUUACAGUCCUUAGUGGGCAUUUCAAUCUUACUGAAUGGCAGUUGACGGAGCCGCUGCUCGUCAGCCUGAAAAGGUUAGUUCGGGAGCGCAGGAUGCCGGACGGAGAUGACCUUCCGCCGGAGGCAUUGUCGCUCUAUCUGAAGGCAAGCUUUUGCUGCUUAGUCUGGAACAUGGAACACUUGAAGGAUACGUCCUUUAAUAACUUGAGCAUGGAUGAGUAUUGCGCUGACCUAAGGCAGAACCUAGAAGACUACCUUUUUGUGACCUUUUCCCUGGUUGGCAAUGGAAACAUCGAACCACUGGCAUAUCCUAGCUUUGCAUAUACAUGCGAUCUGUUUGUGCUAUUUGGAAACCUCUGUGGCAGUUCGAAUCCCUCGAUACGUUCAGUUGCGCACGUACCGUCUGGUACUGAGGUUGACAUUCUAGAGGGCUUCCUCAUGGAUAACUUGCUUGAGCUAAGUCCUUCGGAUCUCAUGAAGGAAGCCAACCGUGAAGAGCUGCAGAGGAUUCGUUCCAUCCUAACCAGCUACUUGAAACUGGUGUGCCUCGGUGUUAUGCCCUCCAUGAGAGCCUCAAAGAUCUAUAAGUAUUACGUAAAGUACCACGCUCCCUUUGGCGACAUUAUGAGAUGCUCCAUGGAACUCGCACUGCAGAUGAAUCCGGUUCACUUCGCAAUGACCUUGUUGCACACAUGCUUGCUACUUUUCGUGAAUAUCUUCGCUGAUGGUAACCCAGCUGGACAAUUGACCUUAAGGUCAGCUGAGUUCUCCGAGCUAAUAGAGCUGGCCCAUCGUUUGGCUAAACUACUGAUUUCCAAUCCCAUGGGCUAUCGCGAGUGUGUGAUCGUUUUUCACAGAUCUGGCAUAAUGUUCGUCUUUGAAGCGAUUCAGAAGAAACCUACGGUGGUAUCAAAAAAAUUGCCCUUCUUGCGGGUGCUCAAGGUUUUUGUGCCGCUGCUUUUGGUUCAGGACAAGAUAGGCAUUUUAACGUAUUUCGAGCACUUUGAGCAGGUGGUAAUACCUACAUGCAGUACGACGGAUAUGAAAUAUUUAAAGGAUUACCGAACUGCCUUGAGUCCUCGAAAAACCAAUCGCUAUUCUCAGGCAACUUAAAUCUAUAGGUCUAUGUAUAU